AUGCGCCAAUUCGCAGCUACGCGCUGCGCGGAUAUCGGACGCAAGGGGUCAUCAUCAUCAAUGCCGGCGCUGCAGCCGCUUUUGUCACUGAUUCAGCGCGGCGUUGACAACACUACGCAUGCCAGCAACGCCGCCGGCUCAGGCGACGAUGCGUUGCAAGUCAUCUGUGCCUGGCCCGUCUCUGGCCAGUACGGACCCGUCGAUGAGACAAUCGAGAUGGAGGCUUGGCCAAAACGGCUGUCGCCUCUUGGCUUCAAUCCACUCUUUAGCCCUGUUGGCUGGCUGACUGACGGUGACAACGACACCAGAUACUACGUCCUUAUAGCGGCGUGCGUGCUCGCGCAAAAGUCCGUCUGGAUCAGGAAUGCGUGCCUUGCCGCUGCUCUCUUGUUGCCGGCCGUGGCGGCGGUGCACGCCAUUGUGCUCGCGGCGCUGCACGUCGAUGGCGCCGUCGACAUGGACGUCUUUGGGGCCUUUCAACUCUGCUCCAUUGGCAUCCUCGCCGCGCCGGUAACCGUUAGACUGUCUCGGACGUACUUUAACGAUCCAGGCCGCAACACCAUCUUCCUCUGGGCUGGGCUCAUUCUAGCGGGCCUCCUCAGCCUUACCGUCGAGUUCUACCGCAUCGGAACGUCCAGCUGCUCGGAGAAGGAGGCGGGCAUCCCCAUCCCACGGGACACACACCGCUUCCCGUAUGGCAACACGACAUGCGGGCUCGUAUGCUCCGUGACCGAAGGCCCCUUCUCGCCCAUGCGUGGCGGGUCGGCUAAGGACAUCUAUGUGAUUCCCGCUCCAGAUGGCCUCACUUUUGGGACGGCGACGCUGAUCGCGGCGGCGUGCUGCGUCCAUGCCAUCCUGUGGCUGGCAUCCAUGAUGGACAAGAUACUCGAAAUUAACUUCAAGUCCGUGUCUCUGCGUUUCAUGGAGCGAGAGACCGAUGGGCAGUUGAACGACCCCAUAGAGGGGACCAACGGGGCUACGAUCGGAAGCAUGAAGAAAGUAAACCACAUGGUACGCAUGUUUCUGAGCGUAGUUGCGGUCCCUGUGUUUGGAGGGGCCGGGUUGGCGAUUCUCAUCAUCGGCGAGAGGAACUUUUUCAGUCCUCAGGUAAAAUACCAGAAUGAGCCGUGGGCAAGCAUAGGGCAAUGGGCACCAAUUGUUGGAACUGGGCUGGCCGCGGUGGGCUCCUUAUACCUGCUCCUCAAAAGCGACGGCAACAGCACCGUUGAGGGGGUCUGCAAGCACUGCGCCCAUCACACAAACCGGUCUCCAAGCAGCCGCGACUCCCGCAGUCUCCGCGACUCGGUCGAUGACUCCGACCGCACGCGCUCGCCCCAUGUCCCGGUUGCCCAUUCUGCAACAAUGUCAUCGAGCGCCAACGAUGGCAUGUCGCCCCUGAGGCCGAGCUUCACGACACUCAGUCGGUACCUCACUGGCCACGCGAGCCAAGCCACUACCGUGCGUUCCGACGUCGGCGGGAGGCGCAAAGUCGCCCGGAUGUUCCACGCCGUGGGCAAGUCGUUCAACUCGGCGGCGUACGAGAUGAUGGGCACCUCGGGCUUCGAGCCCACCCGCGCGGGCGACUUCCCUGAGAUCCCCGGCGAGGCGAACCGGAAUCGCAAGUUGAAGCGCAUACGAGAAAGGUAUAAUCCGCCGCGGGACGCGGAUGGCUAUGAGACGCCGCUGCCCAGGUCCCGUUCUAGGGCCACGAGCUUUGUGGGGAGCGUGGUGUCGGCACGCGAUGAUGAGAGUCCUAGGCGUGCAUCGCCACAGCCGGCUGGUGGGACUCCGGCUCGCAGUGUGUCCAGGCCAAGGGCAAUCACAUUGCCAACAGGGGGGAGUACAGUUGGCCUCGACUCUGGCGAUUCGGCAUCGUCUGCAGGUGGCCCCAGCCGCGGGAGGCAGCGCAUGAGAAGGGAGACGCUACAGGUUCCCGUUCAAGUGCACCAUCCAACGAGGGCACACCAGCUACGACGAAGCUUUUCACCACAGCCUUGA